UCGAAAAGGGCUUUUUCGUCAACAAAAAUUAUCAAAAUAAAUACCCUUUCUCCAUCCUUCUUCAUUCCACCAUCCCCCACAAGAAAAUACACACCCAAUUUUCACCAUUUUCUCUCUUUUCACAAAAAAAAGCUUCAACCUCACCAUUAAUGGAGCCUGAAACUCUCCUUAAACUCUAUGACACUUAUUGGUUUGACCAUGAUUUAUUCAGCAAGAAAAAACCCACUAAAAUUCAAAAAAUCCCAGAAAUACCCCCAUCAAAUCCAGAACUUCCAACCCUCCCAACAAUUCAUACCAAAUCAGCUGAAAGAAAAAUCAGCUCAAAUUCUUCUCCACAAAAAAAACUAAGUGAUUCUUCUUCUGCAUCUCCAAAUUCUGUACUUUUUUCCCCAAAACUUCAAACUAUAUUUUCUGGGAGAAUUUCAGCAGAUUUUGAAAUCCCAGAAGUUACCGUUACAACCCCAAAAACUGGGUGUACUCCAUUGAAGGGUAAUUUGGGAAGAAUAAAGAAAAAGAAGAAUUUGAGCAAAAGUUUAUCAGACCUUGAAUUUGAAGAGCUAAAAGGGUUUAUUGAUCUGGGUUUUGUUUUCUCUGAAGAAGAUAAGGAUUCAAGUUUGGCUACUAUUAUUCCUGGGUUACAUAGUUCAAUUUCAAGGCCUUACUUAUCAGAAGCAUGGGAAGAAUUGGAAAAGAAGAGAAGAGAAAAUUAUGUGUUUAAUUGGAAGGUUCCUGCUCCUGAAAAUCAAGUUCAAAUGAAAGAUUAUCUCAGAUUUUGGGCUCACACUGUUGCUUCCACUGUUAAAUAAAUGAUAAUGUGGAGUAUUUUUUUUUUUUUUUCAUUUAUACAAAAAAAUUGGGUGUUUUUGUAAUAUAAUCUUUUUCCCCUGUAAUUUUGUUCUAUGUUUUUAUAAAUGGUAACUCUCUUUUUUGAUCAA